AUGGCAACUCCAUUCCCACUCCCCGUCCGCCAACCACCCUUCCGUAGGAUUGGGCACUGGCUACCUGAGAACGACGAUCUUCUUAUAGAUUGGCUUCGAGGACUUCUCAAGGAGAUCGAAAGAGACAAGAAGAGGUUCAGGGGCCCAUGGGUUCUCAGUCCAGAGGUGGAUGACUUAAAGAAACACGUCGAGAGCUCUGCCGAACUUCGCAUGCUGGCUCAAGCCAUGCUAGAUGAGGUCCCUAACAAGCCCCCCUAUAUCAAUGACCCUGUUGGCAACAAACAAAUCAAGUCUCUUGAAGAUUUGUACAUUUGUUUCGACAAGGUUAUGACGUCGAGGGCUCCUAUUUGGAGAAAGUUGGAAUACGACGUCGGUCUGGUUGGAUUUCCAUUCAACGCCGUUUUAGACUGGCCAAUGGCUACUCCUAGCGGAUAUGCCUUUUUUCUCAAGCCAGAUAUCAAUAAGAAGUUCGAAGUCAUACUUAACACUUGGAAGACAAACUUCUUACAGACAAUCGAAUCUGCAAAAGUUCUGCUGCCCAAAGAGGGUGACGACAUUCCACUGGAUGAGGCUUGGUUGAGCCCUGAAUCGCGGAAGCAAAUCGAAGACGACACCAAUCUCGAAGGUGAACAUCUAAAAUUCGAGGAACUUUUUGAGUGUGACCCUAAGCAAGACUACUGGGGUUUCCAAUCUUGGGACGAUUUCUUCAUCCGAACGUUCAAGCAGUACCCGGAUAAAGAACUCCGCCCCAUUCACUUCAAAGACAAUGAUGAUUGGAUCAUAAACUCGUGUGAAUCUAAGCCGUUCUCGCUCCAACCCAACGCAAAAGACUACGACAAGUUUUGGCUAAAGGGACAGCCAUACUCCGUCAUGGACAUGUUGAAUAAGAACGAGGAUUAUGCAUCCCUGUUCGUCGGUGGCACAGUUUAUCAGGCCUUCUUGAGUGCUACCUCUUACCAUCGCUGGGACUCGCCAAUCAGCGGCAAGGUCCUCUACACUGAGGUCAUCCAGGGCACCUACUUUGCAGCGCCUACUGUCACGGGAUUUUCCAAUCCUGAUGGUCCUGAUCCGGCUUCUCCAGACCUUGCCCAGGGCUAUAUUACCCAUUUUGCCACGCGAGCCGUCUACUACAUUAGAAACCCCAAAAUUGGCAUUAUCGCUCUUCUCUACGUUGGCAUGGCUGACGUGUCUUCUUGUGAGAUUAAUGAGAAGUUCAUCGACGUGCCCGAGGGAGGAGUAGAUGUGAAAAAGGGAGAAGAACUUGGAAUGUUCCAUCAUGGAGGCUCAACCUACUGUCUUCUGGUUCCAAAGGGAACCAAGGUUGCUUUCAUCCCUGAGGCUACUCCCCGAGAGGGACAGAGAAACAUUCCCAUUCGAAGCCCACUGGCUCGGGUUUACAAUGACGAUAUUGAGGAUUGA